AGGAGGGAUUUCAAAACCCUCCUAAAUGUGGGGGCAAUGUGUGUGUGUGUGGGUGUCAAAGUUCAACGUGCUCCAAUCUGCAUGCUGACCUCUGAAAUUUGAAGCUGGCGACUGUUGGAGACGACGAUGACAGCAACGGCAGCUUCAUGUGUCGGUUCGGAUGUACGGGUUUCCGCCUAAAUGGCAAGGUCAGGGGUCAGGGUACUUGUAGAGGAAGUGAGAGGUCACUAAGUCGGCUCAUACGGCGUCACUGAGGCAGUUUGGUCAACAAAGUAUGGAGGGCCUCAUCCUGAACUCAGUCACUUGCAUGAUAGUACUCACUUGAUGUUUGGCUUUGACUCACAUUGUAAACUGUCUCGCAAAUUCAUUCAUUUCGUUUUCAGCCAAUCCCUUUUUCUGGGAUACUUACUGUGUAUACUUACUUUUUACCCUCCUCCAAUUUUGUUAAGGUCACAAUAAUAUUUCACAACUACUUCAACAUCCCAAACCAAACAAGAAGAGUUCAGAUCCAAGCCACUCACACCUGCUUCAACUGUUGUUUGACAUCAGGCCGGCCAGAGAUAGCAGGGUGUGUUCGUUAGUCUGUCACAGCACGUGCAGCACCAGUCAAGGCUGCCAUUCUGUUGUGAUGGUGAUGAUGGUCAUUAUCUGUUAAGUACCGCCCUACAUUUGCUGAAUUGUUUUAAAAUAACCGUAAUCCCCGUGAUGGUGACUUCACAGGCGGGGAUACAGUGGGAGGAUAUUUGGUGACACCAGACGUGUGUGUCGUCCGGCAACACCAGACAUGGAAAUGUUCCCGAGAGUUUGGUUUCUGGUCAUCCUGUGUGGACUUUCACGUGCAGAUGCCGGAUGUGAGGAGGAGCAAGAUGCUCUGAUUAAAUGCAUCGAAGGAUAUGACGUCAGCGAAGCUCUUUCGACCGAGGAGAUUGAUAAGAUGUGCAGCGACACUCGGUAUCUUCUAGACUGUGUCCGAGUUGCCAGAGGGUCGUGCCCAAACAUGGCGUUGCUAGGAGACGAGGAAUUUGCAGCUGCCGUGGACAACAUGGGGCUGGUGUACAAUACAUACUGCGCCGCCACGACAACUACUGAAGCACCUUUUCUGAACGACCAGCAGAAGAUUUGCAGCGACCCCUGGGAGGCAAUCACAGACUGCAACCAGCUGAUGGCGGGGGUUCCUCCUGGUGACCUGAAGGUUAUGUGCAGCCAAAAGGGCAACGAGUAUUUACAGUGUCUUGACAACAUUGUAGCAAGCUGUGACCAACUGCACAAGCUGCCCUUUGACCUUCAGAGCGCCGUGAACACCACGCGAGAACUCUUAGCAAGGGAGUGUCCAGGAAGACAGAAGGUAGAUGCGUGUGAAGAAAAGAGUGUUGAAGCCGAGUACGCAUGCGCUGGCCACUUGACUGACAGCACCAGUGAUGACAUCUACUGUGUGGGUCUUUCUUUGUACGUGGACUGUCUCAAACACCACUUGUCGACUUGUCCCAACUCGCGCAUGUUACAGUCAGGACUUCUCCAGUUCGACAUCCACUGUUAAUCUUCCCCCUAUCUAUGGAGAUCCGGUGACUGUUUUCGGCCAUCCCAGUCUUCAGCAUCGACAAGGAGGCAAACAAUGAAGAGUCUCUUUUCUCCAUGAUCUGCAACCGAAUAUUAUUGUGCAUUUAACAUCCAAAGCUUACUCAGACAUGAAAAGCAAAUAAAGUUUUCAUUCUUA